ACAGAUACCGUUGAGGGUUCGUUGCUAAUGACUGUCAUAGAACAAGUACUCGAUACUCAUGAUCUAGCUAUCCCCCUUCCGCAACUUCGCCGGCAAGAUCAAAAGGAGUGGUUCCGCAUCCUCCUGCUUUCUUCAGCAGAUACUCAACCUCCAUCGAACUACAUGGCUCGUAUUGAGAGGCUUUAUCAUCAGACAGGGGGACGGCACGUGGGGCUUGUUUUCCUUCUCCGUGAGAGUAACUCCGCAGAGGAUGGUACAAAAGCGUUCAUGGCUCUCCAACUCAGCUUGCUCUCUAGUUUCGAGAUGCCUAUCAUCCCAUUGUCCUCAGUCUCGACAUUGCGGGAAACGCUGUCUUCAUUUCAACGACAGCUCUCACAGACUCGAUCUGCAGGCCGUCCUCCGCAGAUCAACCCUACCACAGCCCUGUUGCCAUUCUGUUCUGUCAAUGGGCCCAUCCCUGAACAUGCCAGAAAUGUAUUGAGUGAUAUAUGCCACAGCCUUCCGGAACUAGCUCAAGCUGCUACGACACGGGAUGGUCAGGAUGCGCUUAGACAGUGGUUGACAGAGCCGUCUCCAGAUGUGGCGGGGAAUAUCAUAGAGUUCUGGGAGCAAGAGUAUAUUUUUGAAUGAUUGCAGGGGCGGGGCGGCGGAGCGGGGCGGAGGGGUAGAAGAUCUUGGAAGAAACUACUUAUGGCUGGAAAGAGCUGGCUUCGAAGCAUUGCAAUCAAUCAAUUAAUAAUAUAUUUUGU